CGAAGCGAAAGCCUUGGGGAAAACUCGGGCAGAGGCUGGCUGCGCUGCAGCAUGACAUCAGCCGACUCAGCCGCGGGGUCGCUUCCAGCCUGCAGUGAUCAGCCUCUGAUGCCUCUGCCUAAGAUUCCUGCAAAUCGGUCCUUUCCGUCGUUGACGCAAGGCUCUGAUUAUUUCUAGGGGAUUAUUUUACGGUGAUGAUUCAUGUUUAUUGUUCUUGCUGAUUUUUUGUGACUGCAGUUGGUUUGGUUUGGAUACCCCGCUUCGGUGCUGCACGUAUAGCAGCUGUGAAGGAACUCGCAUGUCAGCUUUGACAGAUAUCAGCACGUCACGGUUUGAAGACUGCCCCUGUGGACUUAUAUACGUUUAUUUUGGGCACUACGGUUUUAGCGACGCAAUAUGCCUCGACGUGGCCGGGCUCGCGAAUACGAUGAGGAAAAUCUGUACGAAGCGGAACGUGAGGUGUAUCCGCGACGGGGGAGGGAUGAGCGAUUCUUCGAGGAGGAUAUAAGAUACAAGCGUCGAGGACCGGAGGUACCGCCUAGUGAGAAGCUCGAGCGUCUACAUCUUCAGGCGCAAAGAGGACCUGAAAUCCUACGCGAAGCUCCAGAAUAUCCCCGAGAACUGGCACCCCCGAUUGCGAGGCGUGAACCCGAGAAUCUCGAGCCACUUCCACGAGAGAGACUUCGCGUCUAUGAUCGGGAUCGAGAUGAACUUCCUAGCCGUCGCGGAAGACCCCGUUCGAGGGGGGUGGAUGUAGAGGAAGAGGUCGUCAUUCGCGAAGAGACGGACAGAAGGUAUACUGAUAGUGACUCGGACAGGGAUAUUGUUGUCGUCCCAAAGAAAGAGCGGCCGGUAUAUCGACGCAGAUAUGAGAUCCCAAAGGAGCCCAAGCCGCGCAGUAGAAGUCUUCUGGAGGAAAAGAUUGUGCGGGAAUCGGACUAUGAUCCAGAGGGCUUGUUGCUUCCAGAGGAUGUGGCGAAGGCACACCACAGCAGGCACCGAAGUGGCCCAUUGUAUGAAAAAUCGUCACGAUCACGACACAAGCACAGAUCCCACCGGCACAGAAGUAUCGAUGAAGCGGACGAUGAGCUCGAUGAGGAAGUCGAUGAAGAGAAGAUCUUGAUCCGGGAAGCUAGGAAAAGAGGACCAACCAGAAGUGUCGAUGAAGAAACAAUCUUUUUCGACAGCCGGGAAAGGUCAUCUUCUCCUGAGGUUGUGAUGCCCAGGGCGCCAUCCCCAGUUCAGAUACCACCGGUGCGUGAAAGACAUGUCCACGAGAGUCGUCGAAAAGUCUACCCACCCCGAGCCCCCAGCCCCGAAAUUGUGUUGACAGAGGCAGAGAUUCGCCAACGUGAGAGAGGUCCGAUGGGAAGGUCAGACAAAGAAGACAUUCUUAUUGUGCGGCGAGAGGACGAGGAAGUCCUUCCACCUUCUCGACGCCCUUCAGCAGAUCCGUAUCGACGAGAACAGCCUGUGCCCAUUGACCCUCCCAAGCCAAGGUCAUUGGAGCGCGAAAAAGAAAAGCUUACUAUAAUACGCCGCGAUGGUAGCCGGGAGUCGCUGGUGGAAGAAGAAUUUGUUGAGGAGGAUUUCUAUCGGCGCCGUGGCCACGGCCUUCCCCCACGGAAGGAAGUGAAGACCAGGGAAGAAGACCUGAAGAUUGUUACGGCCCCGCCCAGAGACAAGUCGUCGACAAGGGCUGAAAUAGUGACUCAAGAAAUCAAGCCAUCACGAUAUACCGAUCGUGAGUCCACGCUGGUCAUCAACGACGUGAAGGAGUCUGACGAAAUCCCGGAGCGACAACUCGGGAGAAUAGGACGUCGAUAUGUUGGCAUCAAAGAUCGUCGAGAGAGCCUGUGGACGGAGAUUACGAAGGACCUGGUGGUGAAGGAAGCCCUGGAGCGGUCUGGCUACGAAUAUGAGGAGACCGGGUCUUAUUAUUACGUAUUCUCCUACCUUGAACAGGAGGACGUGGAUGCACUGAUUGAGCUUUCGGAGGAGAUUCGGCGUGCACGCCGUCGUCGGAUCCAAGAGAUCCACCGCGAGCGAGCGACGAUGCCUCUGGGGCCUCCUCCGCUGAUACCUGCAGCGGAUAAAACCAGCCCCCUGCUUCUGGACCAUCCAACAGGUCCUCCCCGCUUUGUUCGGGAUGAGCGGAGAAAGAAAGAGCGGGAAUUCGUCGAGCACCGCUGGCGGCCACCACGCUCGGAGCGAUGGUGAAACGAUGCAUUGAUACCAUGACUGUUGACAUGCUUGCAUCUGUGCUGGAACGCAGCUAUAUAAAAUUAGCUAUGAAAUAUAAUCUACAGUAAGUAGAUAACAUAAUGAUGAAUGAAUAAAUGAAUGAAC